GGGGUCGUAGUUGUUCGACACGCUUCCCCGACAGGCUUGCGCGUUGCUCAUAUGAAUGGAAUGAUAUUGGAUGUAAAAGCCUUUGACUUGGCAAUGAAAACCGUAUGCACAUAGUUCGGUUUUAGUCAGUUUUUUUCUCGGUUUAGCGCCGGUGCAGUUCUUUCGAUAAGUAAAGUGAAAAAGUGUUUGUGUGGGACUUGUGCGGAAGCUUGUGUAGCCGCUAUUCGUUAGCCGAGAGUCGGCCUGUUGCUAACGGCUCGAGUCAGAGCUGCUCAGGAAAAACCCAGAGAGAAGAUGUUAGGAAUGAUGUUGGACCUGCCGGUGGAAAAACAGAUAUUUUAUGCUGUUUUGGGAUUCUCGUGGACAGUGUAUCUAUGGGAGGCAUACCUGUCCUACAGACAAAGGAGGAUUUACAGAUCAACCACACAUGUACCAGAGGAGCUCGGCAAGAUCAUGGAUCCCGAAACUUUUGAGAAGUCGCGCCUUUAUCAGCUAGAUAAAAGCAACUUUAGCUUUUGGUCUGGACUUUAUUCUGAGACUGAAGGGACGCUGAUCCUGCUGCUGGGCGGAAUCCCUUUUCUGUGGGAUGUCGCCGGUUCUGUGACGGUUCGCUUUGGGUUCACUGCAGAAUAUGAGAUCAUCCAGUCCUUGGUGUUUCUCACUCUCGCCACUCUGUUCAGCGCUUUAACUGGACUUCCCUGGAGUUUAUACAACACGUUUGUGAUUGAGGAGAAGCACGGCUUUAACCAGCAGACGUUGGGGUUCUUCUUCAAAGAUGCAGUGAAGAAGUUUGUUGUGACUCAGUGUAUCCUGCUGCCUGUGACCUCGCUGCUCCUGUACAUCAUCAAGAUCGGUGGAGACUACUUCUUCAUCUACGCUUGGCUUUUUACCCUGGCUGUUUCUCUGGUACUUGUAACCAUCUAUGCUGAUUACAUUGCACCCCUAUUUGACAAGUUCACCCCAUUACCGGAAGGAGAGUUAAAAUCUGCGAUUGAAGCUAUGGCCAAAAGUUUAAGCUUCCCUCUCACCAAGAUCUAUGUAGUUGAAGGUUCCAAGCGAUCGUCACACAGCAAUGCAUACUUCUACGGUUUCUUCAAGAACAAACGCAUCGUGCUGUUUGACACUUUGCUGGAAGACUACUCGCCUCUCAACAAACCUGGAGAACCACAGUCUGAGCAGUCAGAGAAUGACGAGACAUCCAGCGAGUCCAAAGCCAAGCCCAAGAACAAGAAACAAGGAUGCAACAACCCAGAGAUCCUUGCUGUUUUGGGUCAUGAGCUUGGCCACUGGAAGCUGGGUCAUACUGUCAAGAAUAUUGUCAUCAGUCAGAUGAAUUCCUUCCUGUGUUUCUCCCUCUUUGCUGUUCUGAUUGGGCGAAAGGAACUGUUUGUGGCUUUCGGGUUUAUUGACAGCCAGCCCACGUUAAUAGGCUUGAUGAUUAUCUUCCAGUUCAUCUUUUCUCCUUACAAUGAGCUUCUGUCUUUCUGUCUGACAGUCCUGAGUCGCAGGUUUGAGUUCCAGGCAGAUGCCUUUGCACGCAACAUGGGCAAAGCCUCGGAGCUGUGCUCUGCCCUCAUCAAGCUCAACAAGGACAACUUGGGCUUCCCUGUUGCAGAUUGGGUGUUCUCCAUGUGGCACUAUUCCCACCCUCCUCUUCUCGAGCGACUCAGGGCGCUGYGCAACGCCAAGCAAGACUGACGGGGCUGGUAGGGGGAGCGGGCGAUCGCUGCCUCCUCAGAAUGGCCCCCACAGACCCAUCCUGGCCCUGGUCUUUUUCUUCCCAUCUGUAUCUCACCAUUUAGUUUUAUAUCAUUUUAGCUUUUUAUUUCACUUCCCAAAGUUUUCCAUUUUGUCCCGUUGGAUUCUUUGUUUUAAACAAAAUGAAAUCAUAUUGACACGAAGCAGCCUAAAACAAUAUACCCUUCACUCUCUUUCUGUAGAAACACAAGUUAUGCACUUGUUGUGAGCAAUACAUCUGGACAAUGGUUUUCAUUAAUUUUAUGACAUUAUUGUCAGAGUACAAUUCUGAUUAUUUUGACUUUAUAUUGUUUUGGACAGUAUUAAUAAAUCUUAUUAAUUUAAGUCAAAAGGAAAAAAUAUAUAUGUAUUCCAAAUCUUUUCUAGGCUUUACUAAAGAAUAAUUUAUUGUGCUGCAGACCUGGCAUCCGACUGAUAGUAAAACUCACAAAUGUUAUAGAUUUAGCAUAAAGAAUCUAUUUCACAUGUACUCCUUGUUCAAAAUCAAGUCUUUUUUUUUCAGAGGAGCGAUGUAGAUACUUGGCUACCAUGACAAAAUACGAGUGCCUCUUAAUUCUCUUUUGUUUCUGAUAGUGGACACGUUGUGAACAGAUGCAGUUAAGAAAGUUUUAUUUGAGGUUAAAUUACACUUUCGGUUUUUAUUUUCUACUCAAAAGUGAGGAAGUGAUAUUUUAUUUUAAUUUCCAAAGCAUUUGCUCACGUCUAGGGUACAACCAGAUGUGUAUAUAUGUAACUUUAGUGAUUAGAGUUAGAACAUCUGAUGUAAAUUGUAAAAAAAAAAAACCGAAAGUUGAAUGUGAUUUGAAAUUUUAAGUUGAUAAAAUGUUGAUUUUCUUGUCUUGGAUGCAUGGUGAGCGAAUUAUUAAUGGGGGAAAUGAGAAAGAGGGUUUACAAGUUUUGUUUUGCUUUUUCAGCAGGUGAGCCAGAGUUGGGUUUGUUAAAAGAGGGGAUUGUAUGUUGUUGGCUUUUUUUUUUCGUUGUUGCAUUGAAUAAAAUUCUGAAAWACAUUUAUCUUAUUCUGUUGACUUUAUUAAAAUAUGAAACUGAA